ACAAGAGAAGAAGAAAAAAUAAUGCAGUAGAAGAAGAACGCUGGGUUCUUCCUGCUCUUCAUUUCAAGGCUCGUCGUGAGCUCUGGUAAAAUUUACAGUUUCACUUUGAUAGCGGUGUUAGUUUGUUUUAGUAGCUCCAACACCCAGAGCGAGACCAGUUAGCCUCCUAGCUAUCUGAGAAGCUAACGCUGAUGACAAGAAGCAGCCAGUUUCGUGUGUGUUGGAGAAACGAACAAAAAGUUUUCACAAAGAAGAUUAUUGGACAUUUGUUGGACGCUGUGUGGCUAUUGGCUUUUCUUCUAAAGAAUAAAACAGGGCUAGCUGGAAGGAACUGUUCGUGCGUGUGUCUUUAUCGAGGCUGAAGACGACUGUCCAGCUUCAGGACGUAGAGGGUCUCAAACAGCAUCAUGUCUAUUAAUAUUUGGGUGGUUGCUGGUAAUCAGUUCCUCAUUCAACCAGAGAGCAACUCCACUCAUGACCACAACUUACCAAAUGAUCUGGAGAUGAAAGAGGAACCAGAUCCACAACAGAUUACAGAGAUUAAGGAGGAACCAGAAUGUCAACCGAUCAAAGAAGAACAAGUUGAGCUCAACGUCUCUCAUGAAGAGAAAUCUGUAGUGAAGCAGGAAGCUGACACCUUCAUGGUGGCCGCUGGUUGGGAUGAAAUAUUCCAAAAUAAAAAUGAACAGAUGAUGGAGACAAAGGAGGAACCAGAACCUCCACAGAUUAAAGAGGAACAAGAACCUGUUCAGAUUAAACAAGAGGAGGAGGAACUCUACAGUCAUCAGAAUGAAGGUCAGCUUUUAGUGAAGCAGGAUUCCUCCAGAGAAACUCCCAUUUAUGAGGAAAAAUACCGCAGUGAAUCAGAACCAAACCAAGACCAGAUCCACCCUUCAAACUCCUGUAGAGCUGAAAACCAACCAAAGGACAAAAGCAAUGAUGGACGAGGUGGAGAUGAAGAGCUGACAGUCAAUCAGAGCAACAUUGUUGACCAUUCAAAACUGAAAAAGCUCCAGAAAAACAUGUGUUCUUGUAAAAUAUGUGGAAAAAGUUUCAUCAGGAAAACUGCCUUGAAAAUUCACGUGAGAAACCACACUAAUGAGAAGCCACAUACCUGUAAAGUGUGUGGUAAGCCGUUCAGCUAUAGCAGUGGUUUGGUUCGGCACAUGAGAACCCAUACAGGCGAGAGACCGUUCUCAUGCAAGACCUGUGGAAAAAGUUACAUCUACAGAUGUAGCUUAAGCGCACACAUCAAAAGUCACCUUGGAGUGAAGCCAUUCCCAUGUGGAUUGUGUGAUAAAUCUUUCACCAAGAGGCAAAAUCUGGUUUAUCAUGUCAGACUCCACACAGGGGAGAAACCAUUCCUGUGUUCAACCUGCGGAAAAAGCUACGUAAGCAGAAAAAGCUUAAAAAAACACAGCGAAACACACAUCACAGUUCCUACAGACAAGCAGCUGAUCUCGUGCGGAUUGUGCAAUAAGACCUUCAGAAACAAACGAGGUCUGCAUCGUCACAGCAAACUCCACACAGGCAAGAGGCCGUUCUCAUGUUCCACCUGUGGAAAAAGUUACGCCACUAGAGAUGGCUUAAGAGCGCACUUCAAGGUUCACCUGCCUGAAAAGCCGUAUCCGUGUGACCUGUGUCAUAAAGCUUUCACGGUCAAGAUCAACUUCGACCGCCACAGGAGGAUUCACACAGGCGAGAAGCCGUUUAUGUGUGAAGUUUGUGGUAAUUCUUUUAUUGACAAGUUGGCUGUGGUUAAACACAUGAGAAGUCACACAGGUGAGAAGCCGUUUCAGUGUGAUCUCUGUCCUAGAGCUUUUCAUACCAAAUUUGAUUUAGGCUGCCAUAGAAGGACCCACACCGGCGAGAAACCCUAUGCGUGUGACCUGUGUGGUAAAUUAUUCAUAACCAGAGCCAACUUGGCCCAACACAUGAGGACCCACAAAGCCAACAAGCAGUUUACAUGCAAAAAGUGUGGUGAAUCUUUUAGUGACCGGAGCAGUAUGGCCAAACACCUCAGGAGUCACACAGGCAAGAAGCAGUUUAUCUGCAAUGUUUGUGAUGCAUCUUUUACCACCAGGAUUCAGCUGGAUGAUCACCUGAGGAGCCACACAGGUGAGCAGAGCUUCUCAUGCGUCACCUGUGGAGAGAAGUUCUCCAAACCGUACAGUCUGACGAUGCACAUCCGGACUCAUACAGGAGAAAAGUCGUAUUCCUGUGAACUGUGUGGUAAAUUAUUCACUGCCAGAUAUAAACUGACUGCACAUAUAUGUGAAAAUAAACCUUAGAAAGAUGUUAAA